UUCCCACGCACGUAUAAAUACCCCUUACACCAUGCAUACAUAUCAACCAAAACAAAAAACAUCAAAACACACACACUCAAACGUGUAGUAAUAACAACAUAUAUACAUACAUACCACACAAAUUCAAUCAAGUAACAAUCUAACUACUAGCUUAAAGAAGUUAAAUAUGAAGAUCCAUAACUUGUAUUAUCAGCUAUGGAUCGUGCUAGCAUGUCUAGUGUCUAUGUCAAAUGGACAGGGCACGAGGGUCGGUUUCUACUCCCGAACCUGCCCACGGGCCGAAUCCAUAGUUCAAUCCACCGUCAGGUCGCAUUUCAGUUCAAACCGGGCAAUCGGGCCCGGUUUGGUGAGGAUGCACUUUCACGACUGCUUUGUCCAUGGCUGUGACGGGUCAAUACUCAUCAGUGGCCCAUCCACCGAAAGGACUGCGGGCCCCAAUCUUCUGCUCAGAGGGUACGAGGUCAUAGACGAUGCCAAGCAACAGCUGGAGGCUUUGUGCCCCAGGAUUGUCUCUUGUGCGGACAUUCUUGCCCUUGCCGCCCGUGAUUCUGUCGUGCUUGCUGGAGGAGUCGGGUGGGCCGUCCCGACAGGUCGUCGAGAUGGUCGGGUCUCAUUGGCGAGCGAUGCUUCAAACUUACCAGGCUUCACGGACACCGUAGAUGUCCAGAUCCAAAAGUUCCAAGACAAAGGUCUCAACACCCAGGAUCUUGUCGCGCUUGUUGGGGGUCACACGAUCGGAACCUCGGCCUGCCAGUUCUUCCGCUACAGGCUGUACAGCUUCACGUCAAACGGAGGGCCCGACCCGUCCAUCGACCCGAGUUUUCUCCCUACGCUCCGAAACCUCUGCCCGGAAGGCGGGAACGGGUCAGUCCGGGUCGGGCUCGACAACGGGAGCGAGAACCGGUUCGACAAUUCGUACUUCGCGAACCUGAGGGCUGGGCGUGGGGUCCUCGAGUCGGACCAGAGGCUUUGGGCGGAUAACUCGACCCGGACCGUGGUCCAGCGGUUUCUUGGAGUCAGGGGUUUGCUGGGACUGACCUUCGGGGUGGAGUUUGGGAGGUCGAUGGUGAAGAUGAGUAAUGUUGAGGUGAAGACGGGGACUGACGGUGAAAUUCGCACCGUUUGCUCCGCCGUUAAUUAGUAUGCUUGCCUGCUGCUGGUUUUUAAUUUCUUCUGGUUUCUUUCUUUUUUAUUUUAUUUUUGUUGUUUUCCUGGAAAUCUGGAUUUUCAAGUGUUGACUCGUGUCAUGUAUAAAAUAUAUAUAUGUGAAAUAAUAAUAAAAACAAGAAACUAGUGUUUGGUUCAUGUAUAGGUUGAUGGAUUGAGGGAGAUGUUCCCCUACCCACGGUUGACAUAUGUUAAUAAUAUAUCAACCGUUUAUGUAGUAUGUACACAUUGCUGAUGUAUUUUUUUAAUAUAUUAA